AUGAGGUUAAGAAAAGACGUCAACCGGUGGUGCUGCCACAUUUGGGACUUCAACCGAGUCUCCACGUACGGUGAGGAGGAGAAUGAUGAGGAGCAAGCGUUGCAGCAGAAGCACGAUUCUGCCAUCGACUACUUCCACGAUCUCCUGUGCGAUCUGAAAGACUUUGAGACCAAAGAAGCCACCGCCAAUUACUUUGCUUCACAAAGCGACAUGGCCUACAACGCUCUCUUUGCAGAAGUCUGUGGUUUGGUCGAGGCUUACCUGGCAUCGCUACACCUGAAGGACGACACCAAGAUUUAUACAGCUCACACGGAAGAUGAUCUACAUCAGAUAUUCAAACAGGUUUCCAGACCAUGCCAGACCCUACGGAAGAAGGACAGACAGCCCUCGCCGUGGCCGCUGGUCCGGAAAGUGGAAGUCCAUCAGCGGGCGAACUUGCUCGACUCCGGCGUCGUUCUUGCAGACACGCCCGGCAUCAACGACACAAACCUCGCUGUCGUAGAGAACACCAAGCGGUAUCUGAGAUUGGCUGGCACCAUCAUGAUCUUCCUGCACUACAAGCGUGUCAAAGCCAACACAGUCCUGUAUGAGAUGUUACAGGAGUGUGUUGCACUUGGGAAGAUGCACAACAUCAAGCUCAUCAUCACGCACAUCGAUGAGAUGAAGCCUCUGAGCGUGGAUGAACGCGAAGACUACGAGACCGCUGAACUGAAGUCGCUGGUCGAACUCGAGGCCAGGCAAAAAAAAGUUGACAAAGAAAUCAAGGACACUAAGCAUGCGAAGCAAAAGGCCAAGAAAGCGAAGGACUCUCGCUACCCGGAGUUCGUUGACAGGCUCGAAGAGCUAGAAGUCGAGAAGGCUCGUGCUAAGGCUGCCGUCACACAAGCCAGCAUCAUGAUCCGUUGCGAAAGAAUUGGCAAAGGGGUGGCGGACAGUAUCAAAGACAUCGAGAAGUCGCGGUACGCUCCCAAGUUACCGGUGUACUUCAUAUCCAAUACGCAGUACCAAAAGCAUGUUGAUGGAUACGAUCUGAAGGAGCCACCAGCUCUUGACGUCGAGGCUACCGGCAUCCCUAGGCUGCGCCGCCUGCUGUACAGUGUUCCCGCGCAGGGAAAACUCACUGCUCUGAGAACCAUAUAUGACCACCGGCUUAAAGGGAUCCUCAAUGGCAUGACAGGCAUACUGACGAAGUCGAAGCUUGAGCGCAAGUCUGAGGUCUUGAUGGUCCUCAAUGACGGACUCGGGAAGCCUGACCUUCUCGUCAAGGAUCUAUGCAUGGAGGUCAAGGACGCGUUCAAGGAGAACAUUCUGGACGUCAUCAAGGAAGAAGAGGACGAGUGGAAGGAAGCGGCGGAAAAGCUUGUCUGCACGGUCUGGGUCAACUUCAACACUACAACACUCAAAGGAGUCUUCACGCGCGGUGAAGAAUGGGAUGCUCACAAGGUCCAUGGACGUAUCAACCUCCACCUUGAUCUUCUCAAGAUCUACCAAAAGCAGCUCACAGCAGCAUUCAACGAGCUCGACGGCGCCAUUGAAGUCAUCGACAAGGAGUUCUUGUUCAAGACCGAAGAGAUGUUUGCGAGCAUACAGGUCAAUAUUGAGAAGAAUCCCGAUGCGCAGGGACAAGACCUGGCUGCUUUCUUUGAAUUCAUCCGCAACGUCAAGGACGAUAUUUCCGAGGACAUUCGACACGAAGUCCAAAAGCUUCGCGCAAGCAUCUCAGACAUCCGGCAUGCAGCCACCAUCAACAGCGAAGUUUCUUACACAAAGAAGGAGAUGGAGAAGACCUGA